GAACAUACCUCGGGAGGUGCAGGAGGAAAGAAAGCAAAGGUCAGGAUGGUGAUGAUGUUGCUGCGGACACGGGUGCAGUAGAGUGGCAGCCGGUGGCAGCGAAGGGAGAGCAAGGGGCUCCGUGUUUGAGCGGGGUUUGCGCUUGUUGUCCAUUGGGCACCGUCCGGCCGGCGCGAGUUGUUAGUGAUACCAUGCCGAAAGCCCACUUCAAGUUCAGAGCUUGAAACAAGGUCCCCCACUGUACACUUUCUUCUCUUCCUCCCUCUGCCUCCUGCUCCUCUUCCCACUCUCUGCUCACCACUAUAACAGCCCCACGAGCAACCAGCAAACACGUCCUACAGCAGUCAUGGGCAGGCGAAAGAUCGAAAUCCAACCGAUUACACACGAACGCAAUCGCUCUGUCACUUUUUUGAAGCGCAAGAAUGGUCUGUUCAAGAAGGCUUAUGAGCUUGGUGUGUUGUGUUCAGUAGACGUUGCUGUCAUUAUCUUUGAAGAACGUCCUGGGCAUCAUGUCAAGCUAUACCAAUACUGCUCUGGUGAUGUCAAUAACAUCGUCCAACGACACCUUCGAUUCGAAGGGGAGAGGGAUACCAAGGGACCGCAUGACUUUUCUGGUGUAAAAGCCGAGGACGUCGCAGACGAAGAUGAAGACGGUGACGAAGACGACGGGUCUCGCCCCAAGAUGAAUGGCAAGUCCACCAAGCCAAAGAUCGAGAAUACCAACAGCAACGGGUUGGGUUCACAUCGGCCGUCGCUUCACACCGACCUAUCAAGCAACAUGGACAUUGACUAUCGUUCAAGCAACACCCGAGGAUCACCAAACAGUCUAGGUUCACCGAAUCUUCCUAUCUCGGGCGAGAGAUUGAACCUGGGAGCAUCCAACAUGCGAAGCCUCCCCAUGAACAGCAACACCAAUCAUAACAACAAACGUCCACGGUUAGCACCUCUCACAGGUGAUCUUUCCCCCGAUUCCCAUCUACAUGCCGCUCAAUCUGCACCAGCUGCAAUGGGUCCUUCCUCUGCUGGUUCGGGAGGUGGUCCCACCUAUCCCUAUCGCUUAGAAGUCGAUUUGAACUUUCCGCCAUCUGGUCAUUUAGGAUCUUUGGGCUCAGGUUUACCUCCCCAUGGAGCGCCACAUCCGAGUCUUUCAGGACUGUAUUCGCAUAAUGGGUUGAUGAACUCCCAAACAUCACCAGGAUUCGUCCCACCGUUUGAUUUCUCCCGUCCUACGCAGCAUCAACAACAGGGAGCUCCGACUUUGCGUUCUGUCACUUUCCCAUCGCAUUCAUCUGGGCCGUAUGCGAAUCCACAGCAACAGACUGGCGUGUAUCAAUCACAACAAGGAUCUCAUAGAAGUGGGGUAGGGGUGACAGGCGGGCAACAUGUCCAGAACAAUAGUUUGUUUGCAGAUUUGUUGGAUAGCGCGACUGGGGACCAUCAUUCGGGGCAUCACCAAAGUGCUUCGACGACGUUCUCAGCGUUUGAUUGGCCAGUGCACAAUCAGCAGUCUCAGGCUCAACGCGAUUCAGUCGCACAACAGCCAACAAAUGAUUCAGGUCCUAACUGGUUAGACUUCCUCUCCGGGCCUUCCCCAUCUUCCCAGCAGCAGCCACAACAACAAUCCCCCUCCCUCUCACUCCCUUCCCACCAAAAUCAUUCCCCCGGUCGGCCUGCAUCCAAUAGUGUCAGCAGUACGCGCUCUAACGCUAGUUAUACUGCCAUAACUCCGGCUGGUUCAUCGAUGGAGAGUAUGUCACCGAGUAUGCUUGGGAGGAAAAGGAGUAGAGGUGAUGAUGACGGGACUGCUAUGAGUGUGAGUGAUCUCGGAGUUGAUGAUGGUGAGGAGGUCAGGAUCAGUGGGUCCUCAUCUCUGACGGGCGGCGGGGUUGGUGUUAAUGGGAAGUUGGAUCAUGCGGAGGGGAGUCCUGGGGGUGGGGGUAGAGGAUGAUAUGGUCGGGUCUGUGAACAAUAAAACCCGCUCGUCGAGUCUCUUAAUUGACGAGUGGGAGACAGACUCGAUGAGCAACGACAGUCCCGACACAUGCAGGCAAAUGUUCGACUCAGGGUACGAUGGCAUUUCUGCUGUCAUCGGUCUCGUCGGACGAGUUCGAGCAGAAGCACUCCGGCUUUCGGUGACACCUCGCUUCUACCCCGUUUCCCAAUCUCGGUGUACACACGACCGCCCGCGUGGGCUUUUGACAGAUUGUGAGAGGCAUCUUUCCAGCACACACCGCAUAUGCCACGUUACCCUUUUUUUUUCCUCCGGCGAAUUCAUACUCUCAUGCGAUUGGUGCGAGGACGCUUAUUUGUUCUUUUUCCCUUGUCUAUCCUUUUUUUCUCAUUGUUCUCUUUUUUUCGCCCUUGUCUGCGCCGCACAUUAAUGCUUUUGAAAUACCGUUAUCUGCUGCUUUCAUCUCUAUGGAUCUGGGUAUCGGAGAACAUGACCCCAUACCACCUGUCUAAAUCUCAUCGGACAUUUUGUAUCUAUGCUUCGUCGACGUCUAAGCCCCGGUAUAAAGUAAACAUGAGAAUUGAAAAUGCCAUCAUUGCAGUC